AGUCCAGCAGAUAAUGACAAUUUCAACACAAAGAGUCUAGCAGAUAACAACAAUCUCAACACAAAGAGUUUAGUAGAUAACAACAAUCCCAACACAAAGAGUCCAGCAGAUAACGUCAAUCUCAAGACAAAGAGUCCAACAGAUAACGAUAAUCUCAACACAAAGAGUCCAGUACAUAACGACAAUCUAAACACAAAGAGUCCAGUCGAUAACGACAAUCCCGACACAAAGAGUCCAGCAGAUAACAAAAACAUCAACACAAAGAGUCCAAAAAUUACGACAAAAUCAACACAAAGAGUCCAGCAGAUAAUGACAAUUUCAACACAAAGAAAUCCAGCAGAUGACGACAAUCUCAACACCAAGAGUCCAACAGUUAACGACAAUCUCAACACAAAGAAGAGUCCAGCAGAUAACUACAAUCUCAAAACACAGAAUCCAGCAGAUAACGACAAUCUCAACAAAAAGACUCCAACAGAUUACGACAAUCUCAACACAAAGAGUCCAGCAGUUAACGACAAUCUCAAAACACAGAAUCCAGCAGAUGACGACAAUCUCAACACAAAGAAGUCCAAAAAUUACGACAAAAUCAACACAAAGAGUCCAGCAGAUAAUGACAAUUUCAACACAAAGAGUCUAGCAGAUAACGACAAUCUCAACACAAAGAGUUUAGUAGAUAACAACAAUCCCAACAAAAAGACUCCAACAGAUUACGACAAUCUCAACACAAAGAGUCCAGCAGUUAACGACAAUCUCAAAACACAGAAUCCAGCAGAUGACGACAAUCUCAACACAAAGAAGUCCAAAAAUUACGACAAAAUCAACACAAAGAGUCCAGCAGAUAAUGACAAUUUCAACACAAAGAGUCUAGCAGAUAACAACAAUCUCAACACAAAGAGUUUAGUAGAUAACAACAAUCCCAACACAAAGAGUCCAGCAGAUAACGUCAAUCUCAAGACAAAGAGUCCAACAGAUAACGAUAAUCUCAACACAAAGAAGUCCAAAAAUUACGACAAAAUCAACACAAAGAGUCCAGCAGAUAAUGACAAUUUCAACACAAAGAGUCUAGCAGAUAACGACAAUCUCAACACAAAGAGUUCAGUAGAUAACAACAAUCCCAACAAAAAGAGUCCAGCAGAUAGCAACAAUCUCAACACAAAGAGUCCAGAAGAUAACGACAUUUUCAACACAAAGAGUCCAGAAGAUAUUCAACACAAAGAGUCUAGCAGAUAA